UAUGCACAUAUUUACCUAUUUAUCUCAUUCCCAGCCAUUGGAGCGUGAUUUUUUAUAAAAAGCUGCUUAAUAAGACGUCAUCUUUCUCAAAAGUGUAUAGACCAAGAAAAUGUCUUUUGUGGUAAAAAUGAACGGAGCCCUGAACGAUGGCAUCCACAGCAAUGGAAUGAACGGGAACGGUGUGCAUCAUUUGAGCGUCCGGACUCAUGUGAGUGUUAACCCAGCCAAACUGAAGAGCAACCGGUCGAGAUGGAACGUCAGACCCUCAGAGAUGUCCAAGAAAACACUCAACCCCAUCCGAGCCAUAGUGGACGGGAUGAAACUCACUCCCAACCCCGAGAAACCCAUGAUUGCUCUAUCUAUUGGUGACCCUACUGUGUUUGGGAACUUGCCAACAGAUGACACUGUUUUGCAGGCAAUGAAGGAGGCCAUUGACUCACACAAAUUCAAUGGCUAUGCUCCUUCAGUUGGUUACCAAAAGAGCAGAGACGCUGUUGCAAACUUCUACAGCUGUCCAGAAGCUCCGCUGGAAGGCAAAGAUGUGAUCUUAGCCAGUGGAUGUAGCCAGGCUAUCGAAUUGGCCAUCAGCGUGUUGUGUAACCCAGGGGACAAUAUCUUAAUUCCUUGUCCUGGAUUCUCCCUAUAUAAGACACUGGCAGUGUCUAUGGGAAUCCAAGUGAAGCACUACAAUCUUCUGCCGGAGAAGUCCUGGAAGAUUGAUCUUCAGCACUUGGAGAGCCUGAUUGAUGAUAAAACAGCCUGCAUGAUCGUCAACAACCCAUCCAAUCCGUGUGGCUCAGUGUUCUCCAAAGAUCACCAGCAUAAGAUACUUUCCGUGGCGUCAAGAAACUGCAUCCCUAUCCUUGCUGAUGAGAUCUAUGGAGACAUGGUUUUCUCUGGCUGUGAUUUUCAGUCUUUGGCACCUCUCAGCAGUGACGUGCCCAUCCUAUCCUGUGGAGGUCUGGCCAAGCGCUGGUUGGUGCCUGGCUGGAGGAUGGGCUGGAUCCUCAUCCAUGACCGUAACAAUAUAUUUGGAACCGGAAUUCGAGAGGGUCUUGUGAAACUAAGCCAACGCAUUUUAGGACCCUGUACUGUGGUUCAGGGAGCAUUAGAAAGUAUUUUGAAUGAAACGCCACCAGAGUUCUACCAAAGCACCAUCAGUUUCCUCAAGUCAAACUCUGAGAUAUGUUUCUCAGAGUUGUCAACUGUUCCCGGGCUGAAUCCAGUGAUGCCAUCAGGAGCCAUGUACAUUAUGGUGGGUAUCGCGAUUGAACACUUCCCAGAAUUCCAGAAUGACGUGGAGUUCACUGAACGGCUGGUCACUGAGCAAUCUGUGUUCUGUUUGCCCGCUACGGCAUUUGAAUAUCCAAACUACUUCCGAAUUGUAGUUACAGUCCCAGAGGACAUGAUGAUUGAGGCAUGCAUUCGGAUCAGGGAAUUCUGCUCACGUCAUUACCGACCUCGGAGCCAAGACAGUCACGAACUAGACCAGUGAAAGAGACAAAGAAUGAAAGGUCAAAAGAGGAUAAGAAAGGUCAAAAGAAAAGUGGUGUCCAAAGGUGCAAAAUGAAU